CAACCAUGAGAAUGACAGACGAAAACAACGACGAAAAGCGACUCAUCUCUGUAGAAGAUGUACAGCGUCUUAUUAAGAAGAAAGAUGAAAUUGAAGAACAAAUCAAAGCAUACUACGAUGUACUUGAGGACCAAGGCGAUGUUGGAAUGGAUGGGCCUUUGGUUGAUGUAGAGGGAUAUCCUCGCGCAGAUGUGGACUUGUACCAAAUUCGAACAGCAAGGCACAGUAUCUCCUGUCUUCAGAAUGAUCACAAAGCCAUCAUGUUGGAGAUUGAGGAGGCUCUUCAUAAGCUCCAUGCCAGGGAGAAGGCCAAGCGUCAGCAGGACCAGGAGGAGGUGCAGCCGGAAGCCACUGUGCGGGAUCUCCCCCUUCCCUCCCCCUUUGCUCGUGUAGACUCUGUGGCGCAGGGCUCUCCUGCCCAUCAGGCGGGCUUAUUGGUUGGUGAUGAGAUCAUUGAGUUUGGCUCAGUCAACUCGGGAAACUUCCAGAACCUCCAGAACAUUGCUUCUGUUGUCCAGCACAGUGAGGGGAAACCUUUAAGUGUAGCUGUCAUUCGAAAUGGUGGGAAAGUCCACCUUGGACUGACUCCCCAGCGUUGGGCAGGAAGAGGUCUCCUUGGGUGCAACCUAGUUCCUCUGUGUAGAUGACCCAGAUGACUGCGGAACAGGAUCAGAGUUCAGAAAGGAACAAAUUAUUUUUUUCACUCAAUAACAAAGGAAACUGUCAUUUGUCAGCAAAUAAUUCAGAAAUGUAAAUAUUUAAAACCAGUCAUAAUUUGGGAGAUGUGUUGCAUAGUAAAAACUAAUUUCUUACAUAUCUGCUCUCUUGUGUAAAAAAUUGAAAAGUGAAGGACAUUUGUCUAUUGCUGUGAAAAAAUGAAUAAAUUU